ACUGGCCGAACACGUUUGCUGAAAUUUGACAUGUAUAUGGACAAGAAUGCGAUCUACCUGUUGGCGUAGGCGUUAUACCUGGGAAAAAUCAAGUUUUCGAGUAUUUUGUGUUGAAAUAUUUUUAUGGGAAACGGCACGCGCGCAUGACGUCAUGAAAAGCGCUUAGGCUAGCUUCCAUCUUGUUAAUAAACAAAGAAACAAAGUUACGCGUUAUUAAUUCAAUAAAAGUUAGGCGUUUAAUCGAUAAACAAAGACGUAAUAAUUGUGUUUGAAUAUCAAUCGGAAGUACACAAGUGUGUUUUUUUAAUAAACAUCACAUAAAUCAAUGUGUUAUUCAACGUAUUGUGAAUUUGUGUGCUACGAGUUGAAGAAAGGUUUACGCGGCUAGGCUUUCCGAGAUAAAUUAGAAACCGAAAGACGGAAAGUAAACAAACCAACCAUCAAAAUGGCUGACGACAUAGCAACGUAGGAAUGAACGCUCACAAAAUAUUUACAAAAUAAGAUCAUCAUAAAUGAUGUAAAGUGAACGCUAGUUAGCUAUUUUGUAGAUAAGUAUACGAUCCAACGAAAAAACAAUAAAAUUUGACAUAAAAAAACACCAGUGGAUAUGGAAAUCAUCGGCGUUUGAAAUAGCAGACGGCGUCGACCAAUGGCUGCCAAUACAGGUUCGAAAAGAACGCUCGAAAGUAUUAACAAAAUAACAUAGAUGAUGUAAAGUGAACGCUAAUUCGCUGUUUUGUAGAUAAGUAUACGAUCUAUUGAAAAACCAUAACAUUUGACACAAAAACACCCGUGGAUAUGGAAAUUUUCAGCGUAACGAAAUAGCAGACAUCACACGGCGUCUCAUCUGGGUCUACGCUGUUUGCCAAGGCCGAUAAUAUAAGGAAUGGAAAUGCACAAACUCAGUAACUGGCAAGCAUAUAUGCAUUAGUAGGUUGUUUCGUGAUUAUUCAGAAACGACUACAUAAUUCUUUUGGUUCUGCCAGUGCAACUUAACAGAAAUAAGUAUAAAAAGUUUCUACACCUGACAACAAUGUGCCAACUUAAUACAAGCCCAAUUACCCCCGACGCGCAUUAAAUCACGACACUCCGGCUAUUCAGUACAGCAUCCCCCUGUGAUGACCCGUCCUCCCGGGCAAAGAGUGGCGGCCUGGGGCCAGACCCCCACACCCAUGGCGAGACCAACCACCACCACAGCGGAACCACCGGAAAUGGACGACGACGUCUCCACGUAUGCGGUUACCGACGGACCGUGGUAUGGGACGGCGACAACGCAAGGGUAUUUCGGGUAUAAUUACGGCGCCGCGGGUGGUCAGAGCGGCGGAAAUUCCGGUGAAAGAGUUGUUGUGGAGCCCGUUGGGGGUCGACUUAACGCGCAGCGGCAACAGCAAUGGCAGCGACCGGCUUCUCAACAACAGUUCAUCACCGGACCACAGCGACGGUCGACAACAACAACAACGACAACGACGGUGGAGCCACCAGAACAGGGUGAAGUCGCAGCGUCUGUUCUGAGCGACAGUCCGGGUAUCGGUGGGCACUGUUUCUGCACCUUCCUUCAGCGUUGCCCGGCAGACGCUCAGGUUCGACCCGGAAGCUGUUCGAUGCUCCAUAAUAUGUUCACCACUGUCCUGAGGUUGCCAACUAUACGCUGUUGUUACAGACCGAGCAUUGCUAAACAACUAGGCUUAUGAGGGUACUACGCUUAGGAGUUGUGUUUAAACUAUUUCGAGACUGUCGGUGAAUGGUAAUUUAGACUAAAACAUUAUUCAUAAACGCAUUGUGGGUUCUGUUUCGCAAAUUAAUACAUACUUACUAUAAUAACUGUUUAUUAAACUUCGCUGUCAUUGUAUUAUUUGUUUAUUUUUAAAAGUUUCUUUAAAAUAGCGUAGAAACAGUUCUUGUAUUUAUCAGUGCCGCAUUAUGCAUUAAAGCACGUAAUUUGUCCAA